GCCCUGAGAGACCUCGCCACUCAAUAUCCUGGAAAGAUGACUAUAAUCAAACUAGACACAUCAGAUGAGGAUAGUAUCUCAGCUGCCGUCCAAGCUGUGAGCAAGCAGAUCGGGGCUGCUGGGUUGAACCUCCUCAUCAACAACGCUGCGAUCAACAAACCGGCCAUGCCGGGGUCGUUGGCUGCCACUGGGAAAAAGGACAUGAUGGAAGUAUACGAAACCAAUGUGGCCGGACCAUUUCUCCUUGCAAAGAUGUUUCUUCCACUCCUCCAGAGAGCAGCAGAGAGGGACGCACCUGAAAAGGACAAGGGCAGCCCUGAACAUGCUGACACGCUGUCAAGCUGAGGAAUUCAAGAUACACAACAUACUGGUGACAUCAAUCCACCCUGGCUGGGUCCACACUGAGAUGGGAGGAGAAGAGGCUCCUUUGACCACGCAGGACAGCGUAAUUGGCAUGCUCAGUGUGAUGUCAUCACUCAGCAACAAAGACAGUGGGAUGCUGCUGGACUGGCAGGGCAACAUGAUCCCCUGGUAGCAGUCACCAUGACAACCUCACCAGACCCUCCAGACUAAUGGUUUUGCAUAUAAACCUACAACCUACACACAACUGCAACACAAUAAGAUACCCAGUUAAUUUGUCCAACUCAGACUGCUGAAGCCCUUCUAUUUUAUUUAUCACACAUUAUCACAUUUUAUAGUGGCAUUGGGUCAUAGUGAGGAUGGACAGGAGGGAUGAUUAUAGACAAAUAAUAAUUUUAACAUACAUAUGAAUAUGUGACUAUUAUGUGAAGUUAGAGGUAAAGAACGAGUAUAGGAUUCAGUGGCAUCUAGUGGUGAAGUUCCAGAUUGCUACUAACUGAAUACUGCUCACUCUUCCAAGUGUGUAGGAGAAACUAUGGUUCGAAAAAUGUGAAAGGCCCUAUCUAGAGCCAGUGUUUGGUUUGUCCGUUCUGGGCCUAAGAAACAUGGCAGUUCAGAAUGGUAGACUCUGUAGAAGGUGACCCGCUCCCUCUGUAGAUAAAAACAGCUCAUUCUAAGGUACCAAAAACGAUUCUUAUUUUCAUACACUAAUGAAAACAUAUCUUGAAUUGUGUCCUUAAAAAUCUAGAUGAAUUAACUUAAUUGCCCAGAACAUCUUGCCUUUGAUUGAUAGUUUUUUUCACAGAUUAUCUGUCUCAUAGUGAGUCCAUAUAAAAAACUUUGGUUACACACAGAUGUUCAUGAUGAGCCCUUGACAUUUGGCACAACAUCAACCAAACACCGGAUGUGUUUAUACUUUGGGGGAUAGCCUGGGGCCCGAAAACCACUAACUGCACUUUUCUUCUAUUUUCAAAGGCCAGUACUGAAAAAUAUGACAUCUGCUAGUGCAGUAGCUCAGUCUGUAGGGACUGGAGAGGUGCCAGUUUCACCUCCUGUGCACUGCUGAUGUGCCCUUGAGCAAGGCACCUAACACCAAGAAACUGCGCCGCGUGCUAACGUGGCCAGCCCAUC